GUCCGAUCUCAAGCACUCGGGACCUACUGCUAAUGCAGUGUCUUAUUACGUUUGGAGUUUAGUGGGGCAUGGUUUUUUUGUACUUGUUCUCAUCGGAUUCGUCAUGUCGGUUCGAGUGUUGCGUGCAGUUAGUUAUGUUCGCUGGAGGUAUGGCCAUGCGUGGGCUACCUUCACGGCACCUUGUUCCGUCGACAAUACACUCGGGAUGCGUAAUAAAAUGAUGAUGCUUGGGGGCUACUGCUGGGAAGAUGGUAUGCUGCUCUAUAAACGAGAGGCCUUGAAGGCUUUCGGUCUCCUGACACUGAAUGAAGACGAUGGCGGAGAGUUUUUGGUACUACGCAAACUAAACUGGUGCACAGUACCAUCUGAAGAUUUGUGUGUGAUUGGGAUUGUGUCCGGACAGUUUGUUGAGCCAUGC